GAAUCGGCGGCUGUCCGUGUCACUCUUGCUCUUGCGCUUGCGACGCUAUAGCGGUAGUGCUCGGCCCGACCACCUUCUACUGUCCAUCGCAUUUUAGCAUCCAUGGGUGACCGGUACCGCAGUGCUCAGUCUCCGCGCAACAGCGGCGGAGGCGUGUCGGAUGAGCGUUUCGGCAAGCUCGUCACGGAGACGAGCAAGGGCAUCUCGACCUUCAACCAGCUCACGCGCAGCAUUGCGCAAAAGAUGUCGCUGUUCGGAACGCCGCAGGACUCACGUUCCAACCACGUGCAGAUUAAGGAUCUGACCGAAAAGGGUAACAAGCUCGUGGCCAAGAUUAACCGCCGUCUACAGGAGCUAAGCCGGGGAGCCAAGGGUGCUGCUGGUCGUACACGACGUACUCAGGUCAACAAGCUCUCAGCAGACUUUAAAAACCAGGUGCGCGUGUUCGAAGAGACGUGCGAGCGUUUGCUCGAGUCGGAGCGACAGUCGGUUGAGUUUAUUCGCCGCUCGUCGCAGAGCUUUAAGGGUAACGACGCCCGCCAGACGCGCGGCGGUGCCGAGUUCACGAACUACAGUGAGGACCAGAUCUACGCUCAGGCUAAUGUGAUCGUCUACGAUGAGGAUGAUAUGCAGCGGAGAGAGGAGGAUAUUAUCCAGAUCAACCACCAGCUACGUGAGGUGAACGCUGCAUUCCAGGAGAUCGAUGGUCUUGUGCAAGAUCAGGGAGAAAUGGUGGUGGAGAUUGUGGAUAACACCGAAACGGCGAAGGACAACGUGGAGAAGGCUCUGGAGCAGGUGAAGCAGGCCGAUGAGCGCAGAAACUGCUGCGCAUGCUCCAAGAUGAAGCUCAUCUGCAUUGCCAUGCUCGCUCUGCUCGUCUUCAUCGCCCUUAUGGGCAUCAUUUUCGCUUCUAAGUGAUCAACUGCAACGGGAUGUAGGAAAAUUGUCAUUUUGGCUAUCUUGGUUUCGUCUCGUGAAUACUGUCAAACCAUGAAGGUGACAGCCAUCCCCAGCACGAAGUCACAAAGCAGCAGUGAAGGUCGUUUAUUUCUAAUAGUAAGUGGGUUGUAUAA